UUUUUCAGGUCCUUUUUAGAGGCGAUAAUAUAAUUAUCAUUUUGCUAGAGUAUCAUAUGCUGAGAAUUUGGGACUGCAAUCCACCUUUUCAGAAGAUUUCAAUGUAAAUUAUGUAAUGAUCCACUUAAUUCUUGGGCGAAUGGAGGGAACCUGAGAAAGACAGGUAAGGAAGAAGAAAAACACAAACAAGGACCAAAUUUUGUGCUGAGCUGAGUCCUCUUCCGACCCCCGCCGCAGAAGACGGUCGCGCCCAUCAUACGAACAAAGAGAUUCCAAGUAAAUACACCUGCUAAAAGGUUGGAGAUUCCAAGUAAAUACACAUUCCAAGUAUUAUUCUUCUUCACUAGCUUAAAUUGUGAAGUUUCUAGGCCCAUAAUUUUCAAUGGAAGUAACAAAUAGGUACAGUCAUUAAACAUAACAUUGAUGGAGAACCACAAGAGUCUGAUUUUGAGCUCAAGUCUGAAGCUUUUUCUUUAUCAACGAAGCCAGGAAAAAACGGAUGUUAUCGUGAAAAAUCUUUAAUUAUCAAUUGAUCCGUACCAAUUCAACCUCAUGAAGAACCAAUCUCCCUCUGAGCGAGCCAUAAAUUUUGCGGGCGAUGUUAUCCCUGGCAAGGUAAGUUGCAUUCUUAGUUGUAUUGAUUAAUGGCAUCUCCGUGAAGAUAUGAUUGCAUUUUCAUCUAAUAGCAGUACUAAUUCUCGUAGAAUUUGUUUUUGAGUCCAUAGUGCAUUGAUGGUUAUGGUGUUGGGAGAGUUGUUCUUUCUGGGAACCCUGACCAUGAGAAGGAUGACUUGGUUUCUGGGUUCCUGUGCUGGGGAGAGUACAGCAUAAUAGAAGAGGGUGGUGCCAUGUUAAGGAAGGUGGAUACAAUGGGAUUUCCGAUUUCUUACAAUGUAGGAAUUCUAGGUACAUUGUCAGCGUUUCUUCAUUCUAGAGGACAGAACUUGUAGUAUCAGGCUAAAACCAGGAUUCAUGAAAACUUUUGAGCAUUUGUUAAUCCAUGUUUGUAAAUCAGGAUUCGGUGGCCUUACUGCUUAUGCUGGAUUUUUCGAGUUGUGUAAGCCAAAGAAAGGGGAAAAGGCAGUGCUGGAAGCUCAGAAAAGGUCUAGCAUCUCUUCUUGCCCUCUUCUGCUCUAUUGUUGGUAAUAUCCCUAUUCGUUUCUGUACUAUUCUUUAUGGAUAUAACGCAUGCCUGUUACCUUGAGUGGAUAGCAGGUAGAUUUGCUCAAGAAUAAGCUUGGUUUUGACGAGGCUUUCAACUACAACGAAAAAACUGAUCUUAAGAGGUACUUUCCAGAUGGGAUUGACAUUUAUUUUGAUAACGUGGGAGCAGGGAUGCUAGAAGCAGCAGUGGAUAACAUGAAUGCCUUUGGUAGAUCGCUGCGUGUGGUGUUAUAGCUGAAUAUACGGAUAAACGAUUCGACUUGUUGCUCUGAACAUGGUAGAUGUUGUGUACAAAAGGAUUAAGACUCAAGGAUUUUUAGUUGGUGAUCACCUCAAUAUCUAUCAGGAUUUCCUUUCAGCCACACUCGAGUCCCUCCAAACUGGGAAAAUGCAUGUUCUUGAAGACAUUUCACAUGGUGUGGAAAGCAUACCAUCUGCAUUUGCAGGACUUUUUCGUGGCGAUAAUGUUGGGAAAAGAAUGGUUCAAUUUUCAGAUGCUCUGUAAUCAUUUCACUAGAGCAUCUGUUAGACAGUAUGAAUCAUCAUCAUCGUCACAUUCUUAUUGAGCACCCUCAUCGGGACAGGAACAGAGCGGCAUUUUAACAGUAGAAUUGAAACCCUCAUCGGACAGUGCAAGGUUGUCCCACUCCCAGUGGUAGCCCCUGUUGCAUAUUUCCAUGAAGUCCUAAGCAUCAUAGUAAAUUGCUAGCAGUCGAAGGGGCAUAAUUAUAAACAGUCCAGAUUUUCAUAGUCGUCUUCUUAGAUUUAAUGGCCAGCAGAAAAUGCAGUUACAGUUCAGUUUUACUGUCCCUAACAACUACAAAGACCCAGUGACCAUCGGAGGUGACUUGAACAAAAUGCUGAAAAGGUUUUGAGCUCUCUCCAGAGAGUAAGCCGAAUUGGAGUCAGAUGGAUUACCAAUUUUAGAUCUUCCCUAAUUCCAUUCCUCUCGACUUGCUUAACUCAAAAAGUGCGGGGGACCCAAAUGAAGUUACCCGCCAAUCCUUCUUCUUCAACUUCCGAUGAUUCAUAAUUCAGUUAGUAAGACUACCCACACAAACGCCAUUCUAGGAUUUCUUACUGAAAAAUGCAAAUCUGUCAACCAGCUCAAACAAGUCCAUGCCCACUUCCUCAAACUCUACCUCGCCGAGAACCCAUCAAGCAUUGCCCCGCUUCUCUCCUUCGCCGCCACCUCCAAGAAUCCCGCUUUCUUUUCCUACGCUCGCACUAUUUUCCAAAAUCUUCAGUACAAGACCACCUUCUUGUACAAUACCAUGAUCAGAGGAUAUGUUCAAUCACAUCUGGCGAAACCCGCCAUUUCGUGCUAUAAAAGCAUGCUAAAAGACGGGCUUAUUCCGAACAAUUACACGUUCACGCCUUUAUUUAAGGCGUGUUCCUUGGUUUCGCAGGAGUUUAAUCUUGCGGGUUUAUUGGUACAUUGCCAUGUGCUGAAAUUAUGUCUUGUUUAUGACCCAUUUAUAAGUAGCUCGUUGAUUGAAUUUUAUUCGUCGAGUCUUGAGAUGGAUAAAGCGCGGAUGCUGUUCGAUGAAAUUCCCCGGAGGGAUGUGGUUCUGUGGACUACGAUGAUUGAUGGGUAUGGAAAAGUGGGUCAGGUGGAAGAAGCAAGGGCUCUGUUUGAAGAAAUGUCCGAGAGAAAUGUGAUUUCCUGGAGCGCACUAAUGGCAGGGUAUUCACGGUCCGGUGAUUUUAAGGAAGUGCUUGAUUUAUACGGGCGUAUGGAGGAAGCUGCUGUGAAGCCUAAUGAGUCGGUGCUCGUGACUGUCCUUACUGCUUGUGCUCAACUUGGUGCUUUAUCACAAGGCUUGUGGGUACACUCAUAUGCCAGAAGCUGUGGAUACGAGGAUAACCAAAUAUUAGCUACUGCUUUGGUUGAUAUGUACUCAAAAUGCGGUUUGGUGGAACUGGCUUCUUCUGUAUUUUACGGAAUUGUCAACAAAGACAGUGGAGCAUGGAAUGCUAUAAUUUCUGGUUUUGCAAUGAAUGGUUACGCUACUAGAUCACUUGAAUUAUUUGAUCAAAUGGUGCUCGGUGGGACUCAACCUUCUGAGGCCACGUUUGUUGCUGUCAUCAGUGCUUGUACACAUGCAAGUAUGGUUGACAAAGGCCUCUGGUUAUUUGAACAAAUGAGUAGUGUUUAUAAGGUUGAACCAAGGCUUGAGCAUUAUGCAUGUGUGGUUGACCUUUUGGCUAGAGCCGGUAGGUUGGAAGAGGCUGAGGAAUUCAUUGAAGACAAAAUUGGAGGAAUUAGCCAAGGUGAUGCUAAUAUCUGGGGUGCUUUACUUGGUGCUUGUAGAAUUUAUGGCAAUACAGCAAUGGGGGAUAGAAUAUGGAGAAAACUAGCUAACAUGGGAGUAACAGAUUAUGGGACUCACGUCCUUUCAUAUAACAUUUACAGGCAAGCCGGCAGUGACAUGGAAGCAAGAAGAGUUUGGAGACUGAUGGAGGACACAGGAAUGAAGAAGAAGCCAGGUUGUAGUGCUAUAGAGGUCAAUGGUUUGCUUGAAGAGUUCCGUGCUGGUGCCUUCGUGCAUCCCAAAGCACCAGAAGUGUGCCAGACGCUUGAUUCUUUGUUCAAUGUAAUGCAUCUUGCUAACUGAAUUAUAUACAGGUUUGACAUUUUAAGACCAUGUAUAGUAAGAAUGAAGCAAUAUUGGAGGAAAAUUUCAAUGAUACAUUUAACUUAUUGUUG